AUGACUUAUACUUUGACUAUUUUAGGAUGUGGUGUGAUGGGAUCUGCUGUCCUCUCAGCCAUUUACAGUGCCCCUAAAUGUACUUCUGAAAUCAAAUCCUUAUACCCAAGUAAGAUAAUUACAUGUAACAAUGAUAAGGAAGCCGCUGACCAAGUUACUGAUAUGAUCAACAAACUAGGUGAAUCUCCCAACUGUAUCACUAUCGAUUCAACUUACGGUAACAAUUCUGCUGCUAUUAAACAAUCCAAAGUCAUCAUAUUAGCAUUAAAACCAUACUUGGUUGAAUCUGUGAUGAAUGAUAUUAAGCCUUUCAUCGGUGAACAACAUAUCAUUUCGUUAGCUGCCGGUUGGACAAUCGAUGGGCUGUCAUACUAUUCCCCUAAGAUUUCUCGUGUAAUGACCAACACUCCAGCUAAAUACGGUUACGGUUGUGCUGUAGUUGCUCAUUCUGAACACAUUGUUGAAAACGAAAAGAAUUUAGUCUGUGAAUUAAUUAGUCAUGUUGGUAAAUAUGUUGAAUUACCAGAAAAAAACAUGGAUGCUGCUACAGCUUUAGUUGGUUCCGGUCCAGCAUUCGUCCUAUUGAUGCUAGAGGGGUUAAUGGAAAGUGGGAUAAAGAUGGGUAUCCCAUUGAAGGAAAGUAAAGAAUGUGCUUUGAAAGUUUUGGAAGGGACUGCCAAGAUGGUAGAAUUGAGUGGUACUCACCCAUCUGAAUUAAAACAUCAAGUUUGUACUCCAGGCGGUACAACCAUUGCAGGUUUAUGUGUCAUGGAAGAUAAAGGUGUCAAGAGUGGUAUCAUCCGUGGUGUUGAAGAAGCUGCAAAUGUCGCCGCCCAGCUAGGUAAGAAGAAGUAG